AUGUCACAACAUCAAGAUACCUUUGCUUCAAAAAUUACUAGGUUUACUCCAAACGUUAGUGCUCCUCCCAUGGGUAUCUCUGAUGAUGAGAUUCUGGAUAUUGCUCCUCUCUCUGUUAUUCCUGGUGCGAACAUUGAUUUGAACCAACCCAUCUCCAUUGAUGCCUCCACUUCUGCAUGUUCCAAUCAAGGUAAUCCCUCUAGUAUUCCUUCUGGUUCAACUCCUGCCACUAACUCUAAGGAAGGAACACACUAUACUGAUCGUGUUAUAAGAGACCUAGUCACUAGGAUUCUUAAUGAAGGCCACCCUGUGAAGGGAGUUUCUACUCCCCUUUCUCAAAUGUACCCCUCUCCUGAGGUUGAACAACAUAGUGGUAAGGAUGACGAUUCUUCCAGUUCUGACAAGGACUUGGCUGCUGAAGGGUUGCGCUCUCUAGGGCAGACCAUGUCUGAAAAAGGGAAAUUUGUGGCUUCUCACACUGUUAAUGCUUCCCACUCUGAGAAGCAUGAUGAUGCAAAUAUUGUGAUUGAUCUAGAGGAUGGUAGCUCUGAUGAUCAAGAGGAAAUCUUGAUUCAUCACAUGAAGCCGAGUGUGGCUAAACGCAUGAAGACUCGCAAAGGAAAAUUUGUGGCUGAACUUAUGUCAGCUAGAAAAGCCAAGAAGACUGCUGGUAUUGGUCCCUCCAAACCAUGGAGCAAAGUUGAAGUAAAGAAGAGGAAGGUCAAAGAUGAUUCUGAGCCUGAAGAGGAUGUUGAGGAAGAUGUCCCUGACAUCUCGCCUGCAAAGAAAACUACUGUUAGGAAGUCUCCUGUUAAAGUCCCUGUUGUUCAUUUGGAUAACAUCUCCUUCCAUCUUGAGGAUGGAGCUGCUAAGUGGAAAUUUGUGAUUCAGAGAAGGGUAGCUGUGGAAAGGGAGUUGGGAAAAGAUGUUGCUGAUGUCAAGGAGGUCAUGGACCUGAUAAAAGUUGUUGGGCUAUUGAAAACUAUUAAUGGGUUCUCUCAAUGCUAUGAAGGUUUAGUUAAGGAAUUUAUUGUUAACAUUCCUGAGGAUAUUUAUGAUAAGAACAUCAAGGAGUUCUGCAAGGUGUAUGUGAGGGGUAAAUGUAUAACAUUCUCUCAUACUAUUAUUAAUAAUUUUCUAGACAGAAAAAUUGAGGGUGCAGGAGAAUUAGAAGUUACAGACAAUCAAGUCUGUAGGGAGAUUACAGCUAGGCAGGUGAAAGUUUGGCCUGUUAAAAAGCAUCUUCCUGCUAGGAAGUUGACUGUCAAGUAUGCUAUCAUGCAUAAAAUAGGAGUUGCCAAUUGA